AUGAGAAUUGGAUAGCCAUAAAAAAGUUUUCUCUAUAAUUUUCCUUUGGUCAAAGCAAAUAAAAAGGAAAUUUGAUUAAGGCAGUGUACUUGUGACACCUUUCCACCGGACCUCUUUGAAGCAUGCACCGCGCGAGUAUAGAUACAUGUAUCAUCAUCGUAUACUGAUAAAUAAAAGCCUCGUGGCUUGGAGGAACACCGUCAGUGUGCUCUCAGAAGUGAACGGUGAACCAACGUGAGUUUCGUGCGGAGUUUGAUUCUCCGUUACGGAUCGCGGUGUAUUCGAUUACCCUUAACAAGCACAUCAGAACCUGACUAAUUCAUUAAUCUUCUUCAGUCGAGCCUGUGAAUCUUAAAUUAUUCAUGAAAGCAGUGUCGGCAAGUUAUUUAUGUGUUUGCUGCGAUUUAUCUGUGAUAGUUGAAAUAAAAAUUGCUGCCUGAAAACGUGAUAACAAUCACGACUUAAGAAGAACGGAAAAUAUACGGAUCAGUAAAUCGAUUUAUGUAGUGAUUAAUACCUAAUAGAUACGCCUCGUAUUUAUGAAGGUAUGUAUACAUACAUAAUGCAGGAAAUUACAGUAAAUACUACACACAAGUUUCAUUUAUUCACGGAGGAUUGUUUUAAAACGAAUUUUUAUUUUUGAAGUUGCAAUAUUUUAAAAUAAAUGUGCAUCCUUAUCAUCCACUCACUUAUCAGUUAUCAAUGACUUAUUUUACAAUUGAAGAGUCAACCAUUCAAUUAUUAAAAUUCUUGUUUGCUGUUACGAUUCUCAAUACUUAAUGCUAAACUCGAUGCAAUUCUAGAAUCAAUUUACUUUCGCGUUUUCAUUCGGUCCAUCGAUUUCUUGAAUGAAACCUCGUGAAAAAUGUACGCCUCAUUGCCGAAAAUAAGGAACCGGCUUACUUUCAGCAUCGAAAUAGCGGGAAUCCAUAGGUCAACGCCCAUACGUCUCACCAGACUCACUGUCGUUUUAACAUGCCGGCUUAACAAUUUUCUAUAAUCGUACUGUCGUACGAACUCGCGCUUCAACUGGCAUUUGACUUUCCGGUUAUGUUUAAGUUACGACUUCUAAAGACAUUAUUGAAAUUGAUUAGUGUAGAAGUGGCGGAAAAUCCAGUUACUAUCUGCACGACGUUCGAAGUUGUUGCAUCAAACCAUCAAGCGAUACCGUGACUCUUUACAAAUUACAUAUUCGAGUAAUGCUACUACCGGGUGUUUCAGGUCUCGUUUAGAGGAGUGCAAUUCUAGUACGCAAGAACCGAUGAACGACAAACAAACGCAAAGGCAAACACGUUGCUGAUGAUUAAAUACUUCUUGAUUAAAGACAGCGAGGAGAUUGUCUUCUAAUACUAGAAACUCAUCUUCAAGGAGAUAACAGUAGAAGAGGGGAAACUUAUUCCGUUAUCAAAGUUAAUACUCGUCGAAACAGCUGAACGUUAUUAUCUUCCUCACCGUUCUGCCUUUAAUCGAUACCAAGAAAAUAAUCAAGAGAGAAAUGUAAACCGUGGGAAGUUUGAAAGAGUAUAUCUGUGUUACGUUAAAUUUUGAUCUCGAGAGAUAGAACAUUAAUCCAGUUGGGAUAUUUCAAGUCUUCCUCAGACCUUGGGAACGAGCUCGUCUCGUGAAAGGAGGAUACCGAUUAAUUCUAUAGAAUAAAACGAGAAGGAAGGUAGAGAAGCCGAAUACCUGAAGGAAAGAACAAGAAGAGCUGAAUACCUAAAGCGGAGAACGAGAAGAGCCGAACACUUGAUAAUAAGUGUACAUAUGAAAAACGUGUUCGUACAAAGAGCUUGUUUACAGAUGAUGUAAAAUGAAUAUAAAAAUGUAUGAUUGCCUCUACGUAAAGGAGCAUUAAUGUAAUGUAAAAUACGCUUAUAUAUAAGUAUACACAGGUUCGACUUUUAAAAGUUCUCAAUAACCUGCGGGAUUUAUUUUAUACAAACAUUCGAGGAAUGUUAUAAAAUUUCCUUGACGAUAGUUUCCGCAAACCGUGUCGAUCUAUCGAAACUCAAAAUGGGUUUAAGGAAAGUUUUGAUGCUGUCGCCUAUUCUAUUUUGUCACCUGGCAAUUUGCAUUGACAAUAUAGGCGAUGCACCGAUCGUACAUCCGAUUUCGUUGGAAAACGCUACGGCAAUACCAGACUUACCUGUAGUUGGAAAAUGCUGCGCAGUUGGUGAAGUUUUAAAGAAAAACAUAAAUGGCAGUUCAUUUUGCACAGCUAUGGAUUCGUCAGUCACUGAACACUUCUCCCCAUUUUUCCAUGAGUUCAAUGUGUCUGGCUAUAUUGCUAAGGGUGAAAUGCAAAAUAAUUUUGCUGCAAUCACCGGAAAUCCCUGCAAAUAUAGAAGAUACAUGUUGAACUCAUCUGAAACCAAAGAGGAUAUAAAUUAUUUAUUAAUGAAUGGAUCCGUGUAUCGCCCUUAUGGCCCCAAAGGUGCUAGAAUGUUACAACCAGGGAUAGAUUAUUGCAAGGAAAUAACAGUAGAAUUUGGACUCCAAACUCUCGUUUGUUAUCCUGAAGAGCGAAUAAUAAUAACCGCGGACUCUCGAAUCACGAUUUACGCCUGCAGUCUUCUAAUAUCUGUGCCAUUCUUAAUUCUCACCAUCGUCGCAUAUUCCAUCACGCCGAAAUUACGAAAUGUUUACGGCAAAACGUUAUGUUGCUAUUGCGGGUGUUUGACAGUCGGCUGUACAAUACUAGCGAUUGCUCAUUUAGGGAACCGACACUUAUCGGAUCAAGCUUGCAUUACUUUAGCGUACGUAACCCAGCUAUCCUUCGUCGCGUGUUUCUUCUGGUUGAACGCAAUGUGCAUUGAGAAGUGGUCGUCGGUGUCCAGCUACGUUAAACGGGAAACGUACCAGCGGAUGAACGAAGAGACGUUGUUCUGUUGGUACUCGGUAUGGUCCUGGAGUCCAUCGGUGAUACUUAUUCUGAUUUCAAUAAUCAAGGACCUUGGCCCGACGAUAGCGGCUACUUACCUGAUGUCGAGCCACGGAAAAGGAUCCUGCUCGUUUAAAACGGACAAGGCGGCAAUGCCGUAUUUUUAUGUGCCGAGCGGAUUGCUGCUACUCGGGAACGCGAUUAUCUUCGUCUUGAUUCUGAUCAAGUUGAAGAAAUAUCAAAUGAAGCUCGAUAUAAGGCGUCUUAGGAGGAAUGAGGAGUCCGAUCGGGUCGAUCGAAGACAUCUUCGAUGUAUGACAAAGGACACAUACGUUUGCAUGAUCGUGUCACUUUUGGUGACUUUGAAUUGGUUGAUGGAGCUGAUAGCUUGGUAUAUGAACGGAAGUUCGAGGAUCGAUUGGUCCCCGUUCAAACUCGUGAACGCUCUCCAAGGUAUUUGGAUCUUCGGUUUGUUCGUCCUACGAAGGCCACCGAGAGACUUCGUCUGGCAGAGAAUACAAGAAAUUCGCGGUGUCUACGUGGAACCGGAACCUGAACUCGGGAGCAUGGAAAUGUUCCUAGUUACAGAGCCGAACGGAGAUACGACGUUCAAUCAAACGAUCAUACGGUGAAAGUGAUAGGUAUAUUCUUUCUUGAAAUCGUUGUAUAUUAUGUAUGAACGAAUUAACUACCAAAAGAUGCUUAAAAGUUCCUUGACGAUAC